CGCCAUUUUGAAUUUUUCCCAUCCCCUCAAAAGUGGAACCUAGCAGGACAUAGGCAACAGCUGUAGCGCUGUACGCUGAUUAAUUUAGACUAGUGUUGAAUUAGAGCGUUCAUCCAUUCAGUAUAGCCUGACUAAUUUGCGAACGUAUAUUUUUCUACGACCCGAAACGGUUUUACAGAGGAAACUGUGGCUCACGACUAGCGAACGUGCUAUCGAUUUUUAUGCCUUCGACGAGACUGGUGGCAUUGUGUGCAGCCGUGCUCGAGCGUGAUAUUUAGAGAGUUUACAAGAACAGCUGGCCUGUAGGAGAUAUGGACUGAGAAUAAUAAAUCGAUAGUCAAACGUUGGCACGGGCCCGGGACUUGUGAAGGACAUAGACCCUCGGGGUUGCGUGGGAUCGACUUGGCGAUUUAAAUAUUGACUCGCUUGUACCCCGAAAUCGGCUACUGAAAAGAUGGGUGGCGGUGGCGAUCCGAAAUGGCAGAAAGAGACGGCAGACCAGAACUUCGACUACAUGUUCAAGCUGCUCAUCAUUGGCAACAGCUCCGUGGGAAAAACUAGUUUCCUGUUCCGUUACGCCGACGACUCCUUCACCUCGGCGUUCGUGUCCACCGUUGGCAUCGACUUCAAGGUGAAGACAGUCUUCCGCCAUGACAAACGGGUGAAACUACAGAUAUGGGAUACAGCAGGGCAGGAGCGGUACCGCACCAUCACCACGGCGUACUACCGGGGAGCGAUGGGUUUUAUACUCAUGUACGAUAUAACGAAUGAAGAGAGCUUCAACAGCGUCCAGGAUUGGGUGACACAAAUCAAGACGUACUCGUGGGACAACGCGCAGGUGAUACUGGUGGGCAACAAGUGUGACAUGGAGGAGGAGCGCGUGGUCAGCCAGGAGCGCGGGAAGCAGCUCGCUGACCAACUCGGAGUAGAGUUCUACGAGACCAGCGCCAAGGAGAACAUUAACGUUAAGACUGUGUUCGAACGGUUGGUGGACAUAAUCUGCGACAAGAUGUCGGAGAGCCUGGACUCGGAGCCGGCCAUGUUGGCUGGCGGCGCACGCGGCCAGAAGCUCACCGAGCAACCGCAGGGCAACUCCAACCCCAACUGCAACUGUUAAUGUACCAACCACAUGGACUUCGCAAUUAUUUUCAGCAGAGCCUCUAGCACACACGUUUUCUGUAUCGAUUCUUUACAGAAUCGCCGCUCAACAUUUAUGAAAUUAACAUGAUUUGACGCAUAUUAUCGAAAGCUUAAGUCAAUUCAAUACAUUUUUGAUCGGCGAUUCUAUAAAGAAUCGAUAAAGAAAACGUGUUAGCUAAGCCCCCAGAGCGAUUCACGAUUUCCGUUCGACUCGGAUUCGGACCCUUCGUGCGGUCGUUGGUCAAUAUUUAUGAAUGCUAAUCGUAUCUCGCGCGAUGAACUUUCCGUAUCUGAGUCAGAUUGCAGUGAGUGCCCUGGGUUCUGCAUUUUCGGGCACAUUUUGAUUUUCUAAGUCAUUUUAACCCUCCGAGGAGGUUGGGAUUUUAUGUUUUUGUAAAUUAAAUUUUAUUGUUACUCUGUAACGAUGGAUAGUAUUACUUUAGGUGUUAGGUAGCGUCUAUGUAUCGCAAGCUGGAGUAGGGAUCUGAUACUUCUCUAGGUAUAAAUGUUACUAUGUUCUAUAUUUUUAUGUAUCUAGUGAAACAACGAGCUGAAAAUUUUAACGUUCAUUUGCGCACUACCGAAUACUACAAACGUCUGUACCUGGACCAAGGGAGAAUACGGUUUCUUUAACUACACAGUUAAAAGCGCAAAGUAUUUUUAGAUAUCAUUUAAAAUACGAUUAGUUCCUGACGAUUUUGUACACCUCUCCUCUCACACUGCGUGGUUAUGAAUGUCGCUUUAUAGUUUAAGAGCUCGUACUUCGAAAGUGAAUGUGCUUAUUAGCUCUUAUUCUAUUGAUCAUUAUUUGCUGCCUACUCAAAAUUGUAAUCAAUGUUGAAAUUGUUAUGCUUGCAUAAAGUAUUAUGUGUAACGGAUGCACGAGUAAGCUUCCUAAUCGUAUUGGCCUCAAUUGAAAUUUGAUGUCUAUAGUACUCUAUAGUGGAAUAUAAAGUUGUAAAUACGUUCCCAGUGUAUAAAUAUUUGAACUGUAUAGAAUUAUGUCUACUAUAAAGUCAGUUUGUAUUCUUGUUACCUAUGCAAUGUAAUUAAUGUAACUAAAAUUUUACUUCACCACGAUGCGGGAUUAUGACAUCUAAAAUUGUUCGUGUUUUAAUUAAAGUGCUCUAUCUCACUGACAGAUUAUUUAAGAGGAAUGAAGAGGCCGAGUCAGGAUUUUUAUCAAGAAUAAUACCAUUACUUAAGCUAUAGAAUCUAAAUUUAUUUGCAAAUUAUUAUCGAAAAUUUAAAACCAAUGAUGGAAUAAUACGAUAACUUUACAAGAAAAAUGUUUCACCUCUCAGGCCCUAGAAUGACAGUAUUGAGUAUAGAAAGGCAAUUUUUCAGUGAGAGAGCAUUUUAACAAUUUGUUAACGCUUCUUGCGUUCGAUAUGUUUCUAUCAUGUUAUAAAAGUAUCUUUAGAAUUAUGUGUAGUUGACUUAGACAAUACAAUUUAUAUCAAAUUCUGUUGAUACUUGAGCACAUAUUUUUAGUCUAAUUAAGCAUUAUUUCUUAUAAAUAAUAAACAUUACAAUAAAUUAUAAAAUAUAUACGUAAUAUGUUCAAAAGAGAGAAUAUGAGUAUUCUAUCUUUUAUAAAAACUUUGGCUUGAAUUUUAUUUAUUAUGUAUCAAAAAGAACAAUAUAAUUAUGACUUGUUAUCCUCACCUGUGAAAAAAACAAAUGCAAGUUUAAUUAAUUAAAUCAGUCUUUUCAUUAAUUAACUUAAGUUUUGAAGUCAAUUUAAAUAUGAAGCUUCUUUUUACGAAGAAAGCUUGAUUAUAAAACUUCGUAUAUUCAGUCCAAAGGAAUGUUAGUAUGUAUUGUAGAAGUGUGUCGAUUUAGCAGGGCUGAGAAGCAUAUCGUAGGACGGGCUUAAGGUAGUGAAUUCUCUUCUGAUUCAUAUAAUUUCAAUUUAAAGAAAAAUAUGUACGUGUUAAAUUUUGGCAAAUAGUAAAAUAGUAAAAUAUAACUGACAUGUUGCGGAGUUUUUUUUUUCAAAAAAUUAUGCUCAGAUUAUAAGACAAAGCAUUGUAGAUUAAAAUGCAAAUAAAAAAAAAUUGAGGUUUUGGAGCCUAAGUAAAGUCUCUAAGCGAUUGGCUUGCAAAACUUCUGCGACUCUUUGCAUUUAUUAUUCUACUUUUGCGAAUACAUUCAGUAAAGCUGGCCAUACAUGUUGUCCUUUAGAAAAAAGCUGCUCUACGCAGUCCGAAUGAAAAACUUUUCAAUAUUAAAUGAACGCUAUUUUAAAUUCUAGUAUUGAUUUUAUGCCCGUAUUACCGGAAAAUCUGCACAGUGGAGUGCCGGACUUGGCACUUAAUUGUGCUGUAAAACUGUUACUUGAGAGACUCACUUGACUAACUUACAAACGCUCUAUAACUGAAAAUAAAAGUUAACAUCUUAAAAUAAAGAUAUUUAGUAGAAGUAUGAGAGCGGUUUGUUUGUACGGGCCUCACACACACUUUUGUUCGUAGUUGACUCGUGUAUGGCCAGCUUUAAUAAUAAAUUAUUAUUUUUUAUAUUACAGCAAAAAAUAUUAUUACUUUUUCGGUUUAUAACAUGUAAUAUUAUUUAUUGUUAUCGUUCACAUUACAUUAAAUACGAUUUAGAUGUAUUAAUGAAUGUAUGUUAAUUAUAUUUGUUGUGCGUUAAUAAAUUAUUCGAAAUAUAUAACCGUGUAAAGUUUUACGGACAUAAUAUACAUAUAUA